AUCCCACUUCCAUCACGUGUAUCAUCGUCAUCGUCAUUAUCAUUAUCAUUGAUUUCCCUUAUUAGAAAGAUAGCUAGCCUCUUCAUUGUUCAAUUCAAUCAUAUACUCAUGGCAACCUUGUUAUUUAGAAAAUCUAGGACCAUAUUACUUCACCAACAUCUUCAAAAUAACCUACCCUUCUUGUUAGGAACAGGAACACGAUCACGAUUACCAUUUUCUUCUCACCCAUUUCUUCCAUCAUCAUCGCGUUAUGAAUCUACAGAGGCUCAGCCACAAUUGGAGGAUUUGCAGCCUCAUGUCACUCACCAUGAUGAUCAGAUGCUUGAUUUUCCUGGAGGGAAAGUUGGAUUCACUUCUGAAAUGAGGUUCAUUUCUGAUACUUCUCACAUAAGGGUUCCUUGCUAUCGUGUCCUUAACGACGAUGGCGAGCUCAUGAACCACACCAAUCAUGUUCCGGUUAGCAAAGAAUUGGCAGUGAGAAUGCAUUCUGAGAUGGUCACUCUCCAAACAAUGGAUAGCAUAUUCUAUGAGCUGCAGAGGCAAGGAAGAAUUUCCUUCUACCUCACUACAUCAGGAGAAGAAGCUGUUAACAUUGCAUCAGCAGCUGCACUUUCUUCUCAUGAUGUUAUCUUGCCUCAGUACCGGGAGCCUGGAGUUCUGUUAUGGCGUGGUUUCACUCUGCAACAAUUUGCUCACCAAUGCUAUGGAAACACAAAUGAUUUUGGUAAAGGAAGACAAAUGCCAAUACACUAUGGUUCUAACAAACACAAUUACUUCACAGUUUCAUCGCCUAUUGCAACACAACUUCCUCAAGCUGUAGGCGCUGCUUAUUCGCUUAAAAUGGACGGAAAAAGUGCUUGUGCAGUAACUUUUUGUGGAGAUGGAAGUACUAGUGAGGGAGAUUUUCAUGCUGCUAUGAACUUUGCAGCAGUAAUGGACGCACCAGUUGUUUUCAUAUGUCGUAACAACGGAUGGGCCAUUAGUACCCCUGUCGAAGAACAAUUUCGAAGUGAUGGUAUUGUGGUGAAAGGUCAAGCUUAUGGGAUAUGGAGUAUCAGAGUAGAUGGAAAUGAUGCUCUUGCUGUUUAUAGUGCAGUUCAUACUGCACGCGAAAUUGCUAUCAAAGAACAAAGACCAGUUUUAAUUGAGGCUCUUACUUAUAGAGUAGGACACCAUUCUACAUCUGACGAUUCAACUAAGUAUCGAUCAACCGGUGAAAUCGAAUACUGGAAGAUGGAAAGGAAUCCAGUGAACAGAUUCAAAAGAUGGGUUGAAAAGAACGGUUGGUCGAGUGAAAAGGAUGAAUUGGAGCUUAGAAGCAGUGUUAGGAAGCAAUUAAUGCAUGCAAUUCAAGUGGCAGAGAAAGCACAAAAACCUCCACUUGAGGACAUGUUUACUGAUGUCUAUGACCAAGUUUCAUCAAACCUUGAAGAGCAAGAAAGAGAACUUAGAAAAACUAUUGAGAAGCAUCCCAAAGAUUAUCCUUCUGAUGUUCCUUUGUAGAUAUAUUUAUUGGCAACUCAAAUAACCAUCUGUACUGUGAAUUUGAAUGUCAAAAUGUAAAAUAAAGUUGGGUGUUGCAUUGCAUAUUCUUCUGAUAUUAUUUUAUUUUGAA